UCCGCUGGCUAGGGGGAGGGGGGGAGGCGGCCGUCACGGGCUGCGGUGAGGGCGGGAGGGCCCCCCUGCCGCCCCCUCCUCCCGGAGGUGGGGUGGGGAUGGCGGUGCCUUCUUCCGACAUGGACCCGCGGAAUCGUUGUGAAGGCCUCUGAACACCCUCCUUCCGCCGCCUCGCUCAGGGCGGGAGGCCUCUCCCGCUCCGCUAGGCCGCGGCCGGCCGGCCGGCCGGAGGAAGGAGGAGGGGCCGGGCCAACAUGGCCAACCCUGCCAAGUGGGAGCGCCUGAGGCCGCUGCGGCCGGACACGCUGCGUCCACCAAUGAUCAACCUGAAUGUGGAUGAUGAGGUACAGUUUGUGAGAAGAACUCUGAAAGUCAAAAAGCCUCGAUUUGAUGCAUCUCUGGUUUAUUUGACCCGAAAAUUCAUGGAUCUUGUCAAAACAGCUCCAGACGGUGUCCUUGAUUUAAAUGAAGUAGCAACAACUCUUGGAGUACGAAAACGAAGAGUGUAUGACAUCACCAAUGUGUUGGAUGGAAUCCACUUAAUUCAGAAAAGAUCUAAGAAUCUUAUCCAGUGGGUAGGUUCUAAUCUUGACCAAGUUGUUGGAAAAGCACCAGAGCAGCAAAACCUUAAAGAUGAACUUUCUGACUUGUCAGCCAUGGAAGAAGCUCUGGAUGAAUUAAUCAAGGAUUGUGCUCAUCAGUUAUUUGAACUAACAGAUGACAAAGAAAAUGCAAAACUAGCUUACGUGACAUAUCAAGAUAUCCGUAGCAUUCAGGCAUUUCAAGAACAGAUUGUGAUUGCAAUCAAAGCUCCAGAGGAAACCAAAUUGGAAAUACCAAUUCCUAAAGAAGAUUGCAUAGAAGUACACGUGAAGAGCACAAAAGGACCCAUUGAUGUGUAUCUAUGUGAGGUGGAACAGAAGCCAGGUGCCAAAACUUUCACUUCUGAAACUGAGCCAUCAGUUCCUCCUGAUGAAGUGAGAUCUCCGGGGGAAGAAAAAAAACAAACCACCUGAGAUGAUGGAUUAAUUGCAACUCAAAAAUCUAAUACAGAAUUGCACCUUCAGUGGAACAAAUGGACUUCCGAGGAUUAAACCACUUUGUUGUUACUACUUGGAUACUUGCAGUAUUACCCACUUGCGAUACUGGAAAACAAGGUGCUGUAUAAGCGCAGUACACUCACUAGCUGAAAAGAUCAGACUUGGACUUGCGGAAAAGUUCCUGAGUGAUGCUGAACUUGAAUACAAGUUACUAGCUCACUUAAAAAGUAAAUGUGAUAGGACCUUACUCUGAAUUUGUAUAAUCUUGAGUUUUUUCUGAAAGGUUAUUAAGAUUAAAGUAUUUUUGUUGAGUCCAUAUCUGUCCAUUUUCAACAUACUUGUAUGUGUAAGCACUUCCCUCGGCUAUUUGAGGACUCUGCCUGUAAUAAAUUAAAAAGCUCUAAUAACAUUUUUGUCUUUCCUUCAGUAAGAAUGGCUGAGCAUCCAAAUGCAUUAAUCAGCAAUAGCAAUAGCCAGGAUCCCUAAUUACAAAAUGGCCUGGGUUUGCUGACUCUGGAACUGGAACAAACACUGCCGUCGCCAGUUCAGCCCUUAUUUGGUAUGGGAAAUGACUUGUCAGAGUUUUCAGAUGUGAAUUGCAGUUUUUAAAUCAUGUGAUUUAUAAAGAAGAGAGAAGAUUGCUUUAAAUUAUUAUCUUUUGGAAAACUUAAAAGACAGCAAAUUCUUUCAUUUUGAUUAAUCUUUUUGUUGCGUGUGAAGAGCCUUGUUUUAAGCAUAAUUAAAUUACGAUUUCAAAAGUCA